AACCCGAAAUUAAAUUCUUAGGGUUAGGGUUUUGAUCCUCAGGUUCGAUUUCAUUCUCCAUUUUCACGUUUCCCUUUCAUCGGCGACAGGGUUUCGUUCUGUUACUUCGAUUUCCAUGGCGACGCCAGCAGUGAAUGCCCCGGCAAAGAGGAAGCCUGUGUUUAUUAAAGUUGAAGAUCUAAAGCCUGGUUCGAGCGGCCACACUCUCACCGUGAAGGUCGUGAGCUCCAAAAAUGUCAAGGUUGUCAAUAAAGGAGGACGAUCCGCCAUGCCUACGGCUCGCCCUCAGCAAUUAACUCGCAUCUCUGAAUGUCUUGUUGGUGAUGAGACUGGUUCUAUCGUCUUCACAGCUCGAAAUGACCAAGUUGAUCUCAUGAAGCCAGGAAACACUGUGACCCUGCGGAAUGCUAAGAUUGACAUGUUCAAAGGUUCUAUGAGGUUAGCAGUAGAUAAAUGGGGACGAAUUGAAGUCGCCGAACCAGCUGACUUCGAGGUUAUAGAGGACAACAAUCUGUCACUGGUUGAGUAUGAACUGGUUAAUGUUGAAGAGUGACUUCGAAGUAUGCAGUGUUAAUUUAUCAUGGAUUUACAUUCUCUAUUGUGUGGUGGACUGCUUUUUUACUGGUAUACAGUUUUAUAUGGGAACACAAAUCUUGCUGGAGGGUAAUAUAAGUUGACUAUUGCUGUGACUACUAAGUGUUCUACCUGCUUAAUUUGGGUCUGAAUGUGAUACAGAUCUUGGAAGGCAAGGCCAAAUGUUAAUUUAUCUGCUUGUAUUGGUUGGAAAAGUAUAUAGAAGGUUUUACUCAUGGAUCUUCGUUA